CUUUACAAACUAAUCCUUUUCUACUAAAUUCAAAAACUAGGGUUUAAAGAGGCAUCCACCGAUUCAACCCAGCUUCUGCUCUGCUCUGCUCUGCUAGUUCAACUGUUCAGCUUGACUUCAAUAGGCCAGUUUGAAUUUCUUUAGAAAGCCGGAAGAAAAUGUUGUACAUUAUCGGUCUUGGUUUGGGAGACGAGAGAGACAUUACUCUGCGAGGUCUUGACGCGAUAAAGAAAUGCUCGAAGGUCUAUAUAGAGGCGUAUACUUCCUUGCUGUCUUUCGGGAUCUCGUCUAAUGGAGUUUCCACUCUGGAAAGUUUGUAUGGGAAACCUGUCACGCUUGCGGAUAGGGAAAUGGUAGAGGAGAAGGCAGAUGAUGUGCUGUUGGAAGCUCGGGAUUCUGAUGUUGCUUUCCUUGUGGUUGGAGACCCUUUUGGUGCAACAACACACUCUGAUCUUGUUGUUCGAGCAAAGAAGUUAGAGGUUGAUGUUAAGGUGAUACAUAAUGCAUCAGUGAUGAAUGCAGUUGGAGUUUGUGGUUUACAACUGUACCGAUAUGGAGAAACUGUCUCCAUACCUUUUUUCACUGAAACAUGGAGACCAGAUAGUUUCUAUGAGAAAAUUCAAAAAAACCGAACACUCGGAUUACACACUCUCUGCUUGUUAGAUAUACGUGUAAAAGAGCCCACAUUGGAAUCCUUGUGCAGAGGAAAAAAGCAGUAUGAGCCACCAAGAUACAUGAGCAUAAAUACUGCGAUUGAGCAACUCUUGGAGGUUGAGCAAAUACGUGGAGGAUCAGCAUAUACCGAGGACACUACAUGUGUUGGACUUGCUCGACUAGGAAGCGAAGAUCAGAUGGUUAUUGCAGGCUCAAUGAAGCAACUCCUCAUGGUUGACUUCGGUCCACCUCUACAUUGCCUUGUCAUAGUAGGCAAAACUCAUCCAGUGGAAGAGGAAAUGCUAGACUUUUAUACAGUUGCAGGAAAUCUAGAUCAAACUAAGGAAUGAUUGUUAAACAAAAUUAGAUUCCUGUACUUUGAUUUUGUUUAAUACUAAAGAUCUUACAAACAAUGAAAACUGAUAUGUUGUAUGGCCCAAGUUUUAGCUUGUUGCUGAAAAUCCAUUCUGUUACAUGACUUGAGUAGUAACGUGGUAUUAUAUUAAAUGUUGGAGUAAGCAAUUUAUAUGUUGCA